UACUAAAUAAUUGACUUAAAACUUACAUAUGCACAAGUUAGAUGGUAAAAUAAUUAAAUAAAUGACCAUGUUUUUUAUUCGUUAGCGGCAAUCUAUUCGAUAGGUAUUCGAUUAUAUCCAAACUCCCUCGGCUUUCUCCAUUGCAACUUUUGCAGGGACCCCACAGACAUGUUGUCCAUUAGCUGAAGUAGACCUGCAAUUUGGCUCAACUUUUGAGCCAAAAACAAAACUCACGAUCCGUGGGGUUUAGUUGCAGAAAUCCUACCCUUCUAUUUCUACAGAGGACUGGUCCCUAAACCAGAAUCUUGGAUGAGCAUUUCUAAUAUUUUUCCUUCUGAUGAACUGGGCUAGUAAUGCAGGAGACAGCGACUCUGACAGUGGCUCAAGAUGGCAGAUUUUUAUUGAGUUCUAAGCUGAAAUCUCGCUUCAUUUUUUUGCCAUGAAUAACAGAAGUCCUUGCACCGAUGGCCCCUAUGUACGACGGUAUGGCCUCGCAAGUGCAGGUAUUCUCCCCUCACACACUUCAGUCAAGUGCCUUCUUUAGUGUGAAGAAACUGAAGGUGGAGCCAAGUUCUAACUGGGAUAUGACAGGGUAUGGCACACAUAACAAAGUCUACAGCCAGAGCAGUAAGAAUAUACAAGCCACUCAGGUGGCUGUCAACGCCUCCCUCCAAGUAGCCAACUCUACUCUUCCUUACGAGCAAGCUGUCAUCUUCCCAGCUAGUACCGGGCACAUAGUGGUCACCUCAGCCAGCAGUACUUCUGGAGCAGCGGGGCAGUUGUUAGGAGCUGGCCACAACCUGACCCGUCGCAGCACAGUGAGCCUGCUGGAUACCUACCAGAAAUGUGGGCUUAAGCGCAAAAGCGAGGAGAUUGAGAACAACAGCAGCGUCCAGAUCAUUGAAGAGCAUCCGCCAAUGAUUCAGAACACAGCCAGCGGGGCCACUGUCGCUACGGCCACCACCUCCACAGCAACUUCCAAGAACAGUGGCUCCAACAGUGAGGGGGAUUACCAGCUGGUACAACAUGAGGUACUCUGCUCCAUGACAAACACCUAUGAAGUCCUGGAAUUUUUGGGCCGGGGCACCUUUGGGCAGGUGGUAAAAUGCUGGAAAAGAGGCACCAACGAGAUUGUGGCCAUCAAGAUUCUGAAGAACCACCCAUCCUAUGCCCGGCAGGGCCAAAUUGAAGUCAGCAUCCUAGCCAGGCUGAGCACUGAAAGCGCCGAUGAUUACAACUUUGUCCGAGCUUAUGAGUGUUUCCAGCACAAAAACCACACAUGCCUGGUCUUUGAGAUGCUGGAGCAGAACCUCUACGACUUUCUCAAGCAAAACAAGUUCAGCCCUUUGCCACUCAAGUACAUUCGACCCAUCUUGCAGCAGGUGGCCACCGCUCUUAUGAAGCUCAAGAGUCUUGGGCUCAUCCAUGCAGACCUCAAGCCUGAGAAUAUUAUGCUGGUGGACCCAGCUAGGCAGCCUUAUAGAGUCAAGGUGAUAGACUUCGGGUCAGCAAGCCACGUCUCGAAAGCAGUGUGUUCCACAUACCUGCAGUCCAGAUACUACAGAGCUCCAGAGAUUAUCCUUGGCCUGCCAUUCUGUGAAGCGAUCGAUAUGUGGUCACUAGGAUGUGUCAUCGCAGAGCUGUUUCUAGGAUGGCCAUUAUACCCUGGGGCAUCGGAGUAUGAUCAAAUUCGGUACAUUUCUCAGACGCAGGGGUUGCCAGCAGAGUACUUGUUAAGUGCGGGGACGAAGACGACAAGGUUCUUUAACAGAGACCCAGACUCGGCAUACCCGCUUUGGAGACUUAAGACACCAGAAGACCAUGAGGGAGAGACGGGGAUCAAGUCGAAGGAGGCGCGGAAGUACAUUUUUAACUGUUUGGAUGAUAUGGCGCAGGUGAACAUGACAACGGAUUUGGAGGGAAGUGACAUGUUGGCAGAGAAAGCAGACCGGCGGGAGUUUAUAGACCUGUUAAAGAAAAUGCUGACGAUUGACGCAGAUAAACGGAUAACCCCCAUUGAAACUUUGAACCAUCCCUUUGUCACAAUGACACAUCUGCUUGAUUUUCCUCAUAGUACACAUGUCAAGUCUUGUUUUCAAAACAUGGAAAUCUGCAAGCGCAGGGUUAACAUGUACGACACUGUUAACCAGAGCAAGACUCCAUUCAUUACACAUGUUGCCCCCAGCACAUCCACCAACUUGACCAUGACAUUCAACAACCAGCUUAACACUGUACACAACCAGGGUCCCGCCUCCACCAGUGCCACCCUUUCCCUUGCCAAUCCUGAUGUCUCCAUACUAAACUACCAAUCUGCACUCUACCAGCCCUCCGCAGCGUCCAUGGCUGCCGUGGCCCAACGCAGCAUGCCUCUGCAGCCUGGGGCCCCGCAGCUCUGCGCCGCACGGCCUGACCCCUUCCAGCAGGCCCUCAUUGUGUGCCCACCGGGAUUCCAAGGACUACAGGCCUCUCCCUCAAAGCAUCCUGGUUACUCAGUGCGGAUGGACAACGCUGUUCCCAUAGUUACCCAGGCCCCCGGUGCCCAGCCCUUGCAGAUUCAGCCAGGCCUACUAACACAGCAAGCUUGGCCUACUGGGACUCAGCAGAUCCUGCUCCCCUCAGCCUGGCAGCAGUUGACAGGAGUGGCAGCACACACCUCAGUACAGCAUGCAGCUGUCAUCCCUGAGACGAUGGCAGGCACUCAGCAACUGGCAGACUGGAGAAAUUCACAUACCCAUGGCAGCCAUUAUAACCCCAUUAUGCAGCAACCGGCCUUAUUAGCUGGUCAUGUGACCCUCCCCUCAACGCAGCCUUUGAAUGUUGGAGUCGCCCAUGUGAUGAGACAACAGCCAACCAGCAGCACCUCUUCCAAAAAGAACAAACAACAUCAGCUUUCAGCAAGGAACAUGUCGGCGUACGAUGUGUCGUCUUCACAGGCAGUUGGCUCUCCACAGCGCUCAAAGCGAGUGAAGGAGAAUACACCGCCCCGCUGCGCCAUCGUCCAGACCGGUUCCUCAAACUGCACUGCAUCUGUGGCAUGCAGCUGGGGUGAGCCAGCAUCCAGCACCACACGAGACCACCACCAGAGACAGACCAUCGUCAUCCCGGACACACCGAGCCCUGCUGUCAGUGUUAUCACUAUCAGCAGUGACACUGAUGAGGAAGAAGACCAGAAGCAGGCCGCUACCAGCACAAUGUCCAAACAGAGGAAGAAUGUCAUUAGCUGUGUCACAGUGCAUGAUUCCCCGGACUCCGACUCCUCCAGUAACAACAGCCCCUAUGCUGUAGAGCACCGCUCUGGCUUUGCCAAUGGAAAUGCUUUUGACUCAAAGGGAACACUGGACAACCACUGCAAUGGCAACCCUCGCACCAUAAUCAUACCACCACUCAAAACCCAGUCAAGUGAAGUUUUGACUGAAUGUGAACGGCUUGUACCAGACACAAGUGUUCAUCAGUCUUCAUCAUACAAAUCCAAAACAUCCAGCACAGUGGUUCCUGCCAACAGUCACUCCUCAGGGAGCUUGGCUGGGGGCGUCACCUAUAGGCAGCAGAGAGCCGGGACACAUUCUUUCCAGCAACAGCCACUGAACCUCAGCCAGGCGCAGCAGCAUGUGGCAGCAGAGAGGAAUGGGGGUCACCGCAGGCAGCAGGCCUACAUCACCCCAACUAUAGCACAGGCACCUUACUCCUUCCCGCACAACAGUCCUUCGCACACUGCUGUUCACCCGCACCUAGCAGCGGCCGCCCACCUUCCUGGACAACCACACCUGUACACUUAUACCACGCCCACAGCUCUGGGCUCCACAGGCACCGUUGCUCACCUAGUGGCCUCGCAGGGCUCAGCACGCCAUGCGGUGCAGCACACAGCCUACCCUGCUGGGAUCGUCCACCAGGUCCCUGUCAGCAUGGGCCACCGUGUGCUUCCUUCACCCACCAUCCACCACAGCCAGUACCAGGCACAGUUCGCCCACCAGACCUACAUUAGCGCCUCGCCAGCUUCCACCGUCUACACUGGAUAUCCACUGAGUCCCACCAAGGUGAACCAAUACCCUUACCUCUGAAAACACUGGAGCCACACCAACGCUGCUUUAGAAAGAGAACUGAAAAAAGAAACAUGCAAUCCAAUUAAGCUGACAUGUUAAACUUGAAGAAAAAAGAAAACUCCUCUCUGAAAAAAGAGGGGGUAGGAUUUUAGGAUUAUUUCUUUUAAAAGGAUCUUUAAAAGGGCCAGUGCUUUUAUUUUUUUCCCAGGUUUAAAAAAAUCCUUGAAGGCAAUUUUUUUGUUUUAUUUGUUCGGGCAGCCUGGCCUUUGUCAAGGCCUAUGGGAAAGGUGGCUAUUUUUAUUUUUCCCCUUUCUUUUUUCUUAAUCCAAUAUGACUUUUGAAGACAGAGGUCAUGCACUGUCCAUGUGACCUCUAGUGAGAUGGGGAUGAGGCGAAAAGGAUACCUGCUGCUCUUCAAAGAAAAACAAUGGCCUUGAACUGUCUUAACCAUUUCCAAACUGUAAGUUGGGUUGAAUUACCCAUGUUUUGACAGAUGACUGGAUGGGUUUUUCUGAAAGGAAUAUAUAUACUUUAUAAAUAAUUUAUAGCUUUUAUUUUCUUUUAGGAAAACUGUCUUUUCUGAUUUAAUUACCUUCAAGGUAGGAAUUUUAGCUGGGCCCCUUUAGAAUGUAGCAGUAUGCACCCUUUUUUGUGAAGAACUUCUCUGAAACCAAUAGAUUUUGUUUCUAUUCUUUAAAUGUGAUUGCACAAAGUGAUUAUGAUAACAUAGGCAUGUACAACGUGAUCGUCUAGGUGUGUGUGUGCUAACGUCGCCUUGUGUGUGGUCUAUCCUUUGCACCUUUGUGCAACUUUAAAUACUUCAUAGUCUUAGGUUUUGACAUUGUUUCCUCGUAGUGCCUUACAGAUUUACAGACACAGUUUAAAGUUUACUUCGCUGGAACUUACAGAACCAACAGGGGCUAGUUUGAAAGCCAGUUCAUAGCUUGUUAUUGUCCUUGUUAUAACAACCCUGUUUCAACUUCCAGGUGUAAGCUAAGCAUAUUAAUAUAAACAUAUAAAUGUGCAUAUUCAUACAUAAAAUCAUGAACUGCAUGAUUUACAAAAGUUAUCCUGAUGUGUUUUUGUAUAUUAUCUCACCAUGCUGGUAUCUAAAUAAGUUUUUGAGAAGAACUGUGUUUGGUACUGAAGCAAAGUUAUCAAUGUAUAAGAAUAACCAGCGUUUUAUUCUUUACUUCUGUUGAACGUAGUGACUUGCUUGCGGUUCUGUAUACCAUGUGUGUAUAUAACCUGUAGGGUUCUGUCACUGUGGUACCAAUACUGGAACAAUCUAACUGCUUUGAGAGGUACAUCCUACAAUAGACUGAAGGAUAAAUCUGCAGAUGGCACAGAAGAUGGAAGUAUGUAAUGAAAAUACUAUAUCACCUCUUAAAUAUGGAAUGGUCUAUUUAAAAAAUAUUUUUUUCAGUAAUUUCAGCUACCACAGGGAUUAACUUGAAAUCCAACAUAUAAAAUGAAAUAUGAUAAACAAAACAUUAAAUUAAAAACAUGAACAUAGGAUAGUUCUAAUAGGGAGGCCUGUAUAAAAAAUACUGGUACUUAAAAUAAUGCUUGCCUGAAGUGUUUUUUGCUUGGUGGUAGUCGUCAAGGUAUUUCCUCGCUGAAUACAUUUAAAAUAAUGUAAAAAACUGGCAAAAAUAAGGUUAAAAUAGACAAUGUUAAAUUAUACAUGCAUACCCACAAGCAAUUAUGCUUAUUAAGCUAUUAUUGUGGUAGCUCUGUAUGUAAAAUUUUGAGACAGGAAAAUAUUUAAUACAUUUAAAACUAUGAUGUAUAUUUUAUUAAAUCUAAAUUAAUUCUGUUG